UGAGUGUGAUUCGAAUUUGUCCAAGCGACAACCGCUAACGAGGAAGUUGUCACGUACUGUCAGCUGGCUUCAUGGUUUUUAAAGGUGAAAGCCCCGAGAUGCUAUAAACCUCGCAGAGCACCCCCACCUUUGGUUUCACAUCAUUGGGUUUAAUUGAGGAGGAGGACGGUAAAACACCUCAGCUGAGCGAGAUGGAGAGGAGACGAGGAGUUCAACUCUAAAAUGAACAGCGGACACGAGCCAAAUACUGGCUGGAAUCACAUCCCGUAGGCUUUACCUCCCUGUUUCUCCAGCUGUUGACCCUUGUUUCAGACUCAUCUCUUCUACCUGCUGGGCUCCUGUUUGUCCCUGCCUGCCUGUGUGCUGAGCGAUGAAGAUCCCUCUGUGGUACCUGGUGGUGCUGUUGGCAUGUCUCUUCACCCCUGGACGCGGCGAUUGCCAGGGGGAGUGUGUGGCCUGCGGUCUGCUCCUACAGCAGCAGGAGCUGCAGCAUGCCUUCAACACCAUGGUGUGUUUGUUGGAGUGUGAGGGUCACGUCUCCUCCUCGCUCACAUGGGAGGUGUGUAAACGUGCCGUGAGGCUCUCGCAUCACCCCACGCUUUCCGAGGGAGGCGCUCUGUUCAAGAGAACAGGAGAGGAGCUGGAGCUGACCUCUCUGGACCUGAACUCAGACAGUGAACUGCUGCAGUCUGCAGCCGCAGAGCACUACCAGGAGGGGGAUCAGGAUGAGACACCCUUUGAGCAGCGCAGUGUCCAGUAUGACUCAUCACUGCUGGAUUCCUCAGAGGAGGGGGAGGGCCUGCAGGGUCUGGAUCUCAGUCUGGCGGACGAAGAGAGGAAGCUGAGGGAGGAGAGGAACGCGGAGAGUGACAGCCAGUUAGAGGGGGACGAGGAUGACACCUCAGAGGCCGUCACCUUGUCCAAACGCUUUGGUGGCUUUCAGAGGGGGCGCCACGGAUACAGGAAGCUGAUUGGCUCACCCAUGAGGCCCUUACAAAAGCGCUAUGGCGGGUUCAUAGGUGUCCGGAAAUCUGCCCGCAAAUGGAACAGUCAGAAACGGGUGAACCAGCUGCUCAGGCAGUACCUGGGCAUGAGGAGCAGUCGCAGUGGCAGGUUCAACAACGUCCCUGUAACUCGGGUUUGGAGGCAAAACAAACUGUAAUGUCUUUCUGUUGCUCUCACAGAAUCCUGCCCCAGUUACCUCAACCAAUCAUGUUUUCAGCAGCUCACUCCAAUUUGACGUCACCAUCGUCAUCAGAAGAACAGACUCCGCCAUCUCGCUGCACCUCUCUUUGUGUCUCUAAGUAACAAGGAAUGUUUUGACCGUGAUGUCCUUCUUAUUACGCAUAUUUACAUGCCAUUCUGUGAAAUAAAAGAAUUAGAGAAGUGCAAUUGAAUAUAUUUUUGUCUGUUGGUUCACUGCGAGGUGAGACCCGAGGGUGUGACUCUUCAUGCAUGUGUGGGUGGCUUGAGCAGUUGUUUUGCACUCUUGUAGUUUGUGUUAUGAGAACUGUUACUAAUGUUCAGCUCUCAUGAAGUGGACUUCCCCUUUUUAAAAUUGUGUUUUGUAGAUUUGGGACUAAACAAAUCACGUACAAAUGUUUGCUAAUCUUCCCACGUGUCUGAGCAGAAACAUGCAGUAGAAUCAAAUUGGAAGUGGACCAGCACUGCGCUUUCAAGAUGGUUCAAUCAGAUGUAAAUAUCGGACAAUGGGAGUGCUGAAGCACAAACUGUUAAUUACUGGUGUAAAAAUCUAAUUUUCUGGCUAAGUAACUUAAUUAAUUAAACACAAUGGAUGUAAAAUUGGUUUUCUGAACUUUCAAACUCACCAAAACUCUGCAUAUCUCCUAAAAAAAAUCCCUUUUCCCAUUGCUUCACUCUGAGUAUUGACAAAAAAAAAAUGUCUUUUUCCUUUCUAUUGUAUUCUAAUUUGGAGCAUUAAGCAGAGGUUAUCAAUGUAAACCUCACAAAAUGAUGAGUUCCUCUUGAGGAAAUGAGCCGCAGGUUGGUAGACUCCCACGGGCGCCUUUCAGUGGAACAAUACUGUCCUCUAGUGUGUGAGGAAGAAACAUGUUGCCCAAGGAGACUGACUCGGGAUCAGUUUGUGCCAUGUUAUGUAAUUCUCUGGACUGACUCAUUCUGACUGCAGUUAUAUUGAAUUAUUAGAAAUAAGAUGACAAACAUACAAAUUCUAAAUUCACGGCUGAUACAAACUAAACACUCCUCGUCUGUUAUAUGGGCUGAAAUAUGUGCCACCAGAAACUGAAUCUGAAUCAUUUAUAU